UACAACAGUGACGCUGUCCAGAAGACUGAAGUCUGGAAGUUCGUUGCAAGCCAAAUUUCCUAACUAUUUAUAUUUAUUCAUUACAGCAUAAACCGCUAUGUUCAUAACAUACAUUUGGCUUGAUAAUGAAAUUUACUAAAUAACGCACUGGUUAUUAAGAACACGGAAAUUUUCUGAUAAACGGUAAGGAUGUUCUGCGGUGGAGGAGAAUGAAGAGGUUGUAUGCCGUGUUUCUACCAGUUGCUUUCGUGUUAUUAGGUUCCACUGUCCAGCAUGUCUACUGCUCAGAGCAGACUCUUAUGACUCAGGCCCAGCCUGCACAAGACCACACCGGUCCUCAGAAGGAGUCAAAAGACCCUGGAGACAUGCAGGUGGAGCAGGGUGGAGAGCAGUCACAGUCUCCUGCCCAGGCCUCACCAGAGCUCCCCACACAGACUGCUUCAUCAAUGGAGGAGGAGAUAAGUCACUGUUCUGUUCUGCUGGAGGAAAGGGAUCAGCAGGCCACAGAGACAGAUAUGAAAAAUGCUAAGGUCUCAGUUGAACACAUGCAAACUCCAGCGGUGAACGGUGAGCGGGACCCAGGGCCAGAUGCUGCAGAUACCUCCAAAUAUGUCUUCCAGGAGGACGAGUUGGUACUUGUCACCCCGGAGGUAUCCACUCCUCUUUCCAAAACUCCAAGUUCUGCUGCUCCUUCAGCACUUGUUCUAGAAGAGACAUCUAACAAGCCUGGCUCACCUGAAACACCCCCCAGCAAGCCUGUCUCACCUGAGACACCUCCCAAUAGUGUUCCUGAGGUUCUGGUGGACACCUCCAUUGUUAAUGAGCCCUCUAAUGGUGACUGUGAGGCUGGAGAAGGUCCCUCUUACAACACAGACAUCAGCAGUGAUCCUCCUGUGGUCAUUGAGAAUGGCAGUAAUACUGGGACUGGCCUGAGGAGUGUAGCCAGCAUGGAGUCCUCCAUAGACCACACAAAUCAAAGGACCAACGCCUCCCGCAUGUUCAAAGACCAGGGCACUCACAUUGACAUGGUAACGGAGCCCUCGGUGUCCAGCGAGGACCCUGUAGACAUUCCCGACUUUGACGAGUGGACGAGUGAAGACCCCGAAAACAUUCCUACCUUUGAUGAGUGGAUGGAGGUGGAGAAUGAGAAAAGUCAGUCUGUACAUACGUCCUUCAGUGAGACCGCCCCUGCUGGUAAGAAAGUUCAGAAGCCUUUCACCAAUUAUGCAUCAGUGGAAUGUGGAGCGAAGAUCCUGGCAUCAAAUCCUGAGGCUAAGAGCACUUCAGCCAUUCUGAUGGAGAACAUGGACAUGUACAUGCUGAAUCCCUGCAGCAACAAAAUAUGGUUUGUCAUUGAGCUGUGUCAGUCCAUUCAGGUGAAACAGCUUGACAUUGCUAACUUUGAACUCUUCUCCUCCACACCCAAAGACUUCUUGGUUUCCAUCAGUGACAGAUAUCCGACCAGUAAAUGGGUGAAGCUGGGCACCUUUCAUGCCCGUGAUGAACGCACGAUACAGAGCUUCCCUCUGGACGAGCCUCGGUAUGCCAAGUAUGUCAAGAUGUUCAUCAAAUACAUGAAGGUUGAGCUGCUCUCCCACUUUGGUGCUGAACACUUUUGUCCUCUCAGCUUGAUCAGGGUGUUUGGGACCACCAUGAUGGACGAGUAUGAGGGGCUGAACUCCCAGGAUGAUGAUGAUGAUUACCCUCCUGGCUCCAUGCCAUCAGAAGACAAAUCCUCCAAAAACCUGAUUGGAUCUGCCAAAGAUGCCAUCUUAAACAUGGUGAAUAACAUUGCCGCCAAUGUGCUCGGCGGUGGUCCAGACGGGGAAGGGAAUCAAACCACUCAUGGUGAGAAUGUGACCGAGACAACAUCGUCUGUGAUACCUGAUUCACCCAUCACUACAACGCUAACACCAGCAUCUACUGUACUAGAGAUAGUGGAGGUGGAUCAACCUGGUCCCAAAGAGUCAGUCAUGACUCCCACACAGGAGACCACUGUGGACCCCAUAGCUCCUGUUCCAGAAACCCCCAUCACAGAGACCCUCACUACAGAUGUCCCCUUGUCAAUGCCCCCAGAGGAACCUCAGAUUGUCAUUCUGCUGCCAAACGAUGAAGAUGACUCGGACCAAAGCUCCAGCACCAUGGCAGGGGAAAAAGAACAGGAAGAGACUGACAUAAAAAGGAAAGAGCCGCAGGAUUCCCAACUGGAGAGUUUGUUUUACUCAGAAGAGUCUCCGGACCAUUUGCAUGCUGUCUCGCUGAAGGAGUACCUCCUCCAGCACUGCGCUUCUUUGCUGACCUUACGGAGAAGGCGCAAGAAGGUUCCAGAAUCACAGUCCCGUCCCCAUGUCCCUCCUUCAUGGCAGUGGAUAACUCCAACAUCAGCUGUCACCUGGGUACCCUCGCCCUACCCCUCAGAGCACCAUCUGCCAUCCUGCAUGCCCGGAGAGCAAAACAGCCACACUGAGGUGCCACCAGCUCAUGUAGAACAGGAUGUACCAGUGACUGGGUCUGUGGAUCUGGCUCCUAGUCUGACCUCUGCCCUACCCAAACCCAUCAUCACAGACACACUCAGCACAAAAGCCACCCAGACUGUGGACUUCUUAGAUCCUUCAAGUGUUGACCAGGCUCAGGUGGAGCUAAAAAAGUCCACUCCUCUGACCUCAAUCUCAGCGUCCUUCACCUCCUCAGGUAUCUCCAGCAGCAGUGACUCACUUGAGCAAAGCCUUCAGAGAGAAGAGCUGCCCGACCCAGAGAGAGCAAUCCCCAGACCUACAGCCACUGUGGCUAAAACUACCACAGUGGAUCCGACUCUACCACCUCUUGGCCCCAUAUCUACCCCAACCGAGCAGCCAUCUCAAGCAAGCACUGAGACACUGACCACCGUCCCAGACCAUGCCCAGGGGUUUGGCCCAGAGUUGACAAUCCUGGAUAGCUCUAUGGUUGCCAUGGAGCCUAAGGCUGAGGAGCCUAAGGAGGAUACAGGCCACAGCAGUAAUAAGUCAGCAGGCCAGCCUUCCCCCUCCCAACCCCCCCCCUCCUCCUCCCCCUCUGAUUUCUAUGCUGAGAUGCAGUCUGAGCCAAUGGGUGGAGGCAGCGGUCAGCCACAUGGCUCUAAUCAGAAAGAGUCUGUCUUUAUGCGGCUGAACAACCGCAUCAAAGCCCUUGAGAUGAACAUGUCACUGAGUGGACGAUAUCUGGAGCAGCUCAGUCAGAGGUAUCGGAAACAAAUGGAGGAAAUGCAGAGGGCUUUUAACAAAACUAUCAUCAAACUCCAGAACACGUCGAGGAUUGCGGAAGAGCAGGACCAAAAACAAACUGAAUCCAUUCAGAGUUUGCAGGGUCAGCUGGAGAAUGUGACCCAGCUGGUACUGAACCUGUCACUGCGGGUCAGCCAGCUGCAGAGAGAGGUGGCUGACAGACACAGUUAUCUGCUGGUAUGUCUGGUCCUGUGUGUGCUCCUGGGUUUGCUUCUCUGUGCUGGACAGUGUCGAAUAUCAUCUCCACCUCUGUCACGAGAUCAUCACACGUCUGUUUCCAAGAGUUACAGCCGCUGCUGCCCACAGCGAAAUGCCUCCCCUGAAGAUGAGUUGGGUCUUAGACGGACUGCGUCCUACCCCCUGCUCCAGUCCGCCUUCCAAAUCCCCACCACAGAAGGUCCGAGUGAAGCAUACAAUGUAGAGUCCCUGAGACAAUCCCCCAAUGAUAAAAAGAAGAAACGCUGUAAGUUGAAGCCUGGUGAGAAGCCAGACACGCUCUCAUACCCGUCCAUCUCUGCGCCACUGGUGGGUAACGGAGGGUUUCAGUGUAACGGAAUUCACAGGACAGACCUCAAACCCUCAGAUGGGGGCCCAGGCCCCCCUCCCCUUUCAUUCAGGGACCCACAAUCAGAGGGGAGCUCAGAGGGCUCUUCCCAGUCAGACGAGCCCUCCUUCUGUGGCAUCGGCGCAUGCAGCCGACUGUGUGACAUGACGCCUCCUGCUCCCAGGGGUCACGUGGAGAGGAGGACCUACAAGCGCCGACGCUCCAAAGCCAGUUGUGGUGUCGUGGAGCUCCUUCAGGCCCCACGGCGGAGCUCCAACCCACAGGGCUUGACCAAGGACACAAAGGAUGUGACAGCUAGCACACCGGGGGGUGUGAUGGCCAAUGGACCAUCCUGACGCCUCAACAAACAGCACUAUAACGGCUCCAUAAAAGACCAUCCCGACGCCUCACCAAACACCACUAUAACGGCUCCAUAUAAGACCAUCCCGACGCCUCACCAAACACCGCUAUAACGGCUCCAUAUAAGAGGCUGUUCCAGAGGGGUCCCAGACCACCAGAGUGAAAGUGUCUUUGAGAGAGACAGGCAUCUGAGCUUAAAGCUUUGAUUCAAAUGUGAUAAUCCUGAACACACCGUUCUCCUUAGGUGUGCACACCCAAGCAGAGCUGUGCACCCCAUUUUGCCUGGCCGGGGCAGGUUUAGUGUUAAAGCUUCACUGGAUGUUUUUUUUUUCUUUUAAGUUUUCGAUUCAGACUGUACUCUCUUAGUGUCAGUUUGUGUCUCUUCUGACACAGAGUUGAAACUUCAGCAGUAAGUUACUCCUAAGCAAUCCAAAGCAAAUACUAUUGUAAAAUAUUUUUUUGCAGACUUGCAGUUAUCUGAUACAGUAGUGUCAAUGUAUGAACUCACUGAUUGGAGUCAUUCAUCAGAAAUCAUUAAAAUGGCUUUUCUUCCGGCUUGGCAAAUCA